AAACAGUCUACCGAGCAGUGCACAGUUAGGAAUUUUAAUAUCAUGAAUAAAGCGGAUAGUGGUCCGGUUUUAGCACGUGCGAAUCGUUUGGAUUUGUUUACUACUGACGAAUGUGAAAAGAUAUUGAAGACUGUUCUGCAAGAUGAGAAUAAAAAGGGAUGCUUAAAAGAAUUCAAAAUUGUGCCUGCCAUAGAGCAGGUGGGCUAUGUAGGGGAAUAUUUUCAUCUCAUACUAAACUAUCAGCUGGAAAAUGAGUCAGGGGAGCGCUCGAAGCGACUCUUUGUCAAAUCUAUGGUGUACCAUAAUGCGGAUAGGUGUAAAUAUGAUGAGAAUGCGUUGAUUUUAAAAAAGGAGGCGAUGCUCUAUGAAACGCUGAUCAACGAGUUAAAGGUGUUCUCUGAACACUUGUGGUGCGCCAAAUGUUAUUUCGACCGCGACGAUCUGUUUGUCAUGCAAAACAUUGAGGAUUUGGGAUAUGUAUCGCUACCUUCAGGAACGCGUUUUCUUACCGAAGUCCAGCUGAGACCCAUUCUUAAGGCCCUGGCAACUCUACAUGCCAGCAGCGUGGCCUUUGAGCGAAGUCAUCGAGUUACAAUUGGAGUAAAGUUUAGGGAGUGGUUACAGGAAAAAUCCAUUGACCCAGAUAUCUCAUGGUGGAUUAUUGGCGUAAAAGCUAUCUUGGCUGUGACUGCCACACAUCCCCUAGUUUGCAAUGAUGCCGCAGCUCAGGAAUACAUUGAAAAUGAGAUGACUCGUUGUCUGGACAGAGUUUAUUAUAUGGUCAAUUCAUCUGCAGUUCACCGCAAUGUUUUUCUGCAUCGAGAUGCCUGGAGUAGCAAUGUCUUCUAUCAUAAGGAACGUCCACAGGAUGUGGGUUGUAUUCUUGUCGAUUUCCAACUCUGUCGUUAUGCGCCGCCAGCUGUGGACUUUCUUAUGGCCAGCUAUAUGAAUGUGGAGCCCAAAGAUCGUAAGGAGAUGGAACAGCGCAAUAUAUCCUAUUAUCACGACAACUUGGUUUCCGAACUAAAAGCCAUGGGAAUUGAUGCGGAAGCGGAACAGCUCAGCCGUUCUGACUUUGAUCAAUCCCUAAAAGAUCUAGCUCUCUUUGGAGCAAUCUACAAUUGUAUUUCAGCAACGUUGAUACGUUUACCCGAUAACCAUCUGAAGAAACUCAAAGACGAACAACCUGCGGAAUUUCAUCAUUUUUGUUAUGUGGAUCGCAAGGAGAGCCUCUUGAGAUUAAUGAAUCAACAUGACGAUUUUCGAUGUUAUAUGUAUGAUUGUGUUGAGGAUUUAUUGGAGUUGACAUACUGUAAGCAAGCUAAAUAAAUAUUAUGCUCUUA